AUGUUCAAGCGUCUCGUCACCGUCGCCCCUCGCGUCGGCGCUGCGGCGCCCCGUACUUUCUCCCCUCUCUCGGCCCUGCAAUCCGUCCAGCCCAUCCAGAGCCGUGUCCCCACUGCCUCUCCCGUCCAGCGACGCGGAUACCACGAGAAGGUCCUUGAUCACUACAACAACCCCCGCAACGUCGGCUCCUUCAAGAAGGGCGACAGUGAUGUUGGUACCGGCCUGGUCGGUGCCCCCGCCUGCGGCGAUGUCAUGAAGCUCCAGAUCCGCGUGAACAAGGACACCGGCCGCAUUGACGACGUUGUCUUCAAGACCUUCGGCUGUGGAAGUGCUAUUGCUUCAUCAAGCUACCUUACCGAGCUUGUCCGCGGCAUGUCCCUUGAUGAGGCUGGCAAGAUCAAGAACACCGAUGUGGCGAAGGAGCUUUGCCUCCCGCCUGUCAAGCUGCACUGCUCUAUGCUUGCUGAGGAUGCUAUCAAGUCCGCCAUUUCCGAUUACUACACCAAGAACCCCAAGACCAAGUCUACCGACCUGUCCGGAACUGGUGCCUCCAUCCCUGAUGUGACUGCCACUGCCGGUGCCGCUGCUGCUGCCGUUUAA